AUGGCCCAGGUCCCGGACUCUCUCCGGGAAGCUGAACAGAGAGCCAACCAAGCCACCUUACAUGCUCUUCAACCUGAUGCACCGCAACCACCAACACACGCUUUACGACAUGGUUUUGCCCGUGGCUUUGCGCCACCAUAUCACGCUGCAGCCGAUCCCUGGCAUGAAGAUGGCUACCUUACCGCUGAGGAAAUGGGCGCCCCAACCGAUCCAUGGCCACACCAGUCUGGGGAGACCCAGGCAAUGACUUCUUCGCAACAACAGCAACCACAGCCACUACAACCGGCAGCCCCUCAACAAGAAGCCCCGCCCUACCCUUUCGAUUCUGAUCGUCCUCCUCCUCCCUUUGACGGAUGGACGACCUUGGCAUUUCGCUAUGCCGGGGUGGGGCCUUUGCUACCACCACACCUAUGGCGGGACAAUCCCCUGGGCCUUGACAGAGUCAGGCAACCAUACAUUGCGGGGUUCGAUGGCGAGACAACUGACGGUGAGGCUUCGACUACGGCAUCCUCUCGCGAUGCCCUGGGGGACGACUUCGUGCUGCCACCCCCUCCAGAUCCAGAACAAGAUUUACCACCACCUGCGGGUUAUGAUCCAGGAUGGCUACCGUCGCCUACUGAGCCCGACCUCCAGUUGCCGACCUCUCCGGAAUCACCUCAAGCCGCUCAACCAGCACAGGUGGAACAGUCCCAAAGGAAUGUGGUGAUGGACAACGAGGAGGACGAGGCCGAGGACGAUACAUGUACUUCCUCUAGCAGCUCCAGUCUGGAAAGCGACAGCCCGGACGAUGCACAAGAAGAGGUGCCAAGUUCUUCUUCGCAACCAAUGGCGCGGGGAGCCCCCCGAAAAAGAAAGGCUGGGCACGGCAGCCAACGAGUCAAGAACAAGGGCGAAAAGUCAGAUGUGAAGCAGCUCUGGGGGCAACUGGAUUGGGGGGAAAAACCCCCGUGGCUUAGCUGGCGCAAGGCCCUCUCCUACAUCAAGAAAGGGGUGAAGCCCCCCUGGCGCCAACCAACCAUUCGGCUGGAGGACGAUGCGAUGAUCAAGGCCAUGCUCGCCGCGCAGGAUUACACCAGAGACAAGGAUGGCAAUGUCGUCAAGGGCUCUACGACAGGAGGCCCGAAAAAACCUGCCCAGGGGAGUAAGGCUCAGUCUUCGGCUGAAGCCGACCAUGAACAGCGCUUGGCUGCCAACCCAUAUCUACAACCUCAAGCUGCCGGAGCAAGUUCUUCUUCCACGGCGGCGGCUUCGCAAAACACUGCAAUGGCACCAGUACGAGGACAUGCGGGGCCAACGCGCGGCCAGGACAGAGCAGUCACUUUCUCUCUUCCAGCAGACCACCGCGAACACCCACCAGCUCCUACCAGAAAGAGACCCAUGCUGCGCAGUUUGAACGGGAGUACGCAAACACGGCUGCGGAUCGAUGGCUUGCGGAGCAACCCCGUCAUCAUCGUGGACAACAGACCGCCUUCGUUGCACCCGACGACCGCCGAAAUCAUCGCAGAGAGAGCAAGUGCCUCAACACAUAGCGCCGUUACAAGCCGUGGGACUCGACCUGGGUCUCCGCUCUUCUACCAGCCCCCACCACUCCGAGAUGAAGAGCAGGCAGGGCAAGACGAUGGGGCAACAGCUGGCUCCAGCCGUGAUCCACCUCAGCCUCAACUAGCUCGAGAAGAUCCAGAACCUGCAGACAUCAAGGACCUCGAAAACAGGUCAAGACAAGCCUCAAUGGCGGGGAGAGCCCCGACGUGGGUAGUCGAGCAGGCCACCGACCAGGACACCCUCCAGAGUACACUGAGGACCGGUGCAAACACUCAGGAUUUAUCAUGGGUUUGGGGAGCACCCCCCAGUUCUCUACCUCCCGCCGUACCACUCGAUGCACGCCAGAUUCUGACAAUGCGAGGUGCAGCGGAUGGUUCCUGGAGAGGUGUUGUGUGGACACCGGCAGAUCGCCAACAGGUCAGGCACCCUUCGCGCCUCCGCCAAGAGCCGACGGUUGUCAUCUUCAACACGCUCAGUGGCCAUAAAGAAAAAGGGGGAACGCUGCCCCCUGGCACGAGAUUGACUAUGACGCCCGUGGGACCGUGGAUAGCCACUACCAGAUUUGAGCUGGGCUUUGCGAGAACGCCGAGGUACUGGCUUGUGGAAGUUGAUGAAGUGGCCCAAGCACAGGGUGACCAGGGGUGGAUUCCCCUAGCCAACAUCAACUCUGGUCACGGCGACCACGUUUUCCUGGAGAUGUGGACAAGCUGGGGGGCUUUUCCAUUGUCCCGCAACCUGAUCCGCCGCGACCGCCCACGCCACCAGAAAGACGACACCCUACUGGACGGCGUGCCAACGACCGGGUACCUCAACACGAACGCGGUGGGCGACCUCCUGCAGUACCUCAACGUCAGCCUCAACGUCAACGCCAACGUCACGAUCCACCUCAACAGCCCUCAACACGAGCACAAGGGAUCCGAGUCGGAAACGAGUUGGCCCAGCGAGGAUGCAGAAGAAGACCAUGGCUCCUUCAUGCAAGCUCAAGCAAGCCGCAACCCGCGGGGAGUGGCCCCCGGCGAGAACCCAGGAAACGACAGCCACGACGACCGACCUCGUGCCCCACCGCCACCAGGAACAGUUCAAGGCCAAGCCGACGACUUGCAAACCCACCUGCACCAGCUCCUCGAACAAUCUUUCCGGCAACCCAACGAAGAAGUCACAACGCUGGCUUACAGAGCAUGCCACAGCCUACACCGCCUUCAAGAUCUACUACAAGCCCAGGCCGAUACACCUCUACCUCCGCCUCCUAUGCCAACCGUUAUCCAAAACACGCUGCCCAUGGCUAUGGAGAACCCACUCGCUGAAGCCCAGGUCCUGCUACGGCAACUGUUACAGAACUACGACACCAUGCAAGUUCAUGUUCGUGAUGGCCACCUGGACCGGGUCGACGAGGCAAUUGCAACAGCCCGGAGCUAUGUUCGCGACCUCACACGCCAGCGCUACGACACCGCCGAGGCCCUGGCGGGACUUCGGACCAUGGCCGCCAACCUGGCGCACCUCGAUCUCACCCUGGAGGAAGGGGGACUUGCUUCGAUCCAAGAAGCCAUGGAAGUCCUGGCUUCGACUGCCGAUCGCACAGCGACCUACGUGGACACCCUCCUUGCGGCCUCGGUGAGCUCGUUACCCACGGAUUCGAAGUCGACUAAGCGCAGAGCAUCACCUCCGAGAAGCAUGGGAUGGCUGGACUACCUCAACGUGACCUCCCUCAGCAUGCACAAGGGCAUCCUUCUCGACAACCUGGACCACGACCCGGCCGAGCACCUGGAGCUGGCGGCGCUACUGACUGAGGCGCAUGGUUUCCUGUUCGCUUGGACAUCUGCUCUAUGGGGUCACCCCAUUCUGCUGGUCAGUGACAACCAAAUCCAGCAGGAGCCGCCGGUGAGCACUACUACGAUGGAGACGGGGAAUGCUCCCCCGGACAACAGGGAGGAACUGGAAGCAGACUCGGACGCACCAACACUGGCUUUUAUGCCCUCAUCCCCCGCGUGUGCAGGGCUGGGAGACUCGGUCCCUCUACACUGGACGGGGGACUACGUGUACGUCACGAUCGAGUACUAUAUGCUGAACGGCGACCUCGCAAACCACCACCUCGACGACAACAUGGCGACCAACAGCGAAGCUAGCCGACCGAACGGUCUACUCCGAAGCGAGCGCGGGAACAAGCUCAAGCAACCGAGGACCCGGGGGAACAACCUCUGCAUCGGCAGACGAGUCGAAAACCUGGAAACCAACUUUGAGCAGCACGUCGAGAGAACCACACAACUCCUGGGAGCGAUGACAGAUCGCCACUGCGACAUAGAACAUACGGUGAAGAAAGUUGACCAAUCCUAUGAAGAUGUGCGCAGACGCCUAGAACUGCUGGAGGGGAAGUUUGCCACCGCGACCUUCUCCACGACCACCAACACAAGCCUACGUACCACUGAGACCGGGGGACAAGAUGCCACACGCCCCGCCAUCAUCAUGGGGGGAUGGGAUGCUGACCAGAGCGCGAGCGAAACCCUCCGACUCGUGAAGCAGCACAUCGCGCACAUCGACAUCGAUAUGGACGACGCCUUUGUCCCGGGGAUAAGAAGAGGAUUCGCCAUAGUACCCGUCGCAGCCAGAGCCGGGGAAAGCCAGGGGGAAUUCCGUGCCCGCAUCCGAGAAGCCCUCAAGGAAAUCCGCGAGUCGAAGGUCAUCACGGGGCAACGCCCCGAAGGCGGGGAUCGUCACUUUUGGGCCGCGAUGAGCGAGAGUCCUGAACGUCGAAAGCGGGCCCGGUUUGCCGGGAAAAUCAAGCGCUUAAUCCUCGAGAUGCAGGGGGAUAAGAACAAGCUGGACGUUGAGUUCGGCACUGGCAACGUAUGGUACAGCAGCAUUAAGAUCGCAUCGGCUACGACACCGCCACCAGCCGGAGCAGAGACGACUGGCAUCGGAAGCAGCACCGUAUCACCCCCGGGAACAACCAAAGACGAUCGGAAGAUCGUAAUUGGUGUAGAUGCCAACGAGACCUUCAAGGCUGGGCAUGAGGACGAUGUGCUCUCCGAUUCGGCAAGAGGUGAGCUCAUCCUGACGUGGUGGACAGCACUGAACGGGGACAUCCCACCACAGAAGCUGGAAAAACCCUCGUGCUUUCCUUACAACAGACGCAUGCACCCACGCCGUCUCGACUACAUCUUCACACGGACUAUGACCACCGCAGAGGGCAACGUGGGGGACGUCCGCCACCUCGCAACCAGUGAUCACGAACCAGCGUGGGUGUCAUGUGGGAUUCAGUCAGAAAGAACAAAGCCACCAAAGCGCGACAAACCUUGGGGCUGCCGCCAGCUACGUGACAUCAAGUUCGUCGAGAAGGUCUUAGCCACAACCCCACGCACCUCCGGAGACCCCCUCAAGCAGCUCCGCGACAUCUCGGUGGCCGUCACUAAGCCAGGCCGGGGGAUCCGUGGAUUCCAAGAGAGCGAGGAGCUGAAAGUCCGAAGACAGACAAUCAUCCGUAUGAUCCCGGGGGACGAACAGAGACGCCAGUGGAAAGAAGUCCUCAAACUCCGCAGACAAGAGCACCGUACCUGGAAGCAGACCAUGCACGAGAAGGCGGGGAAGGGUUUCUGGCACUCCAAGAAAGUGGUCGACAGCGAUGGCCACACAACAGCCUGGGAACUACAACUACAAGAUGAUGAACGGUGGCGAGAAACCCUGCACAAGCACUUCAGCGACAUCUUCAGCAAACGAGCCCGGCUCGAAGUCGAUCAGAGACUGCAGGAGAUCACCAAGAAGCUCACAGCAAUGUGCAAACACGCGAUUUGGCGCCCCUUCGACGAAACAGAGCUGAAAGCGGUGCGAAAGCGAUGGAAGCCCAUCACGCUCAGUUCCACCCUGCUUAAGACCUUCUCGCAGCUGAUUAUACACAGGACAGCACAUGACUGGGGGAUUCCCAUGUACAUUGCCAAAUUGGACAUCCGUAAAGCCUUCGACUCCAUCUACCAAGAAGCCCUCGCCGAGCAGAUCGCCAAGGAUGUGGGGGAAGACGGGGGAGCACCCUGGGAAGCCAGAGCAUGGGUACAACUACUCACGCCCGAGAAGUCACCAUCCACUUUCGCGGGGAAAACUUCGUGGUGGACCAGACCAACGGAGUACGACAAGGCAGCCCAGACCGCCCCAUCGCCUUCGGAAGGGUCGUCGCUCUCGAACUGGAGAGCUCCAUCCAACAAGCAGCCCCCGCCAAGUGCACUUUCGGGGAACCGCCACCGGAAGACGGGCCUGGACAUCCACCCCGACAAGACAGAGAUUAUCGACAACCAGAAUGGGGGAGUUCCUUUCCAAGUGGCAGGGAACACAGUGGAGAGCAAAGGGCCCAAGCACGUCAUUCGCACACUGGGAAGCCCAGUCUGCUUCGCCAGCUCGCCCACGAUCCUGGUAGCCGAAAUGCAGGGAGCCUUCGGCAAGCACAGGGGGACACUGAUGUCAAAGGCCCCCCUCAAGAGUCGCUUGCAGCUCCACACAGUACUGGUCAGACAGAGCGCAUUAUGGGCCUGCGAAACGUGGCCGUGCGUCGACUACGUGCUCAAAGCCGCUAACACUCUGCAACUUCUCCACGCGCGGGCGAUGAUGUCCCCCCCGCGCCAAGCGGGGGAGUCCUGGCCAGAUUGGAACGUUAGAACGAUGAGAAGAGCUCGCUUGCAACUUCACCAAAGCAAAAUUGACCGAUGGAGCAGUUUUAUCCUUCAGCAAAUCUGGGGACUCAUGGGACACAUUGCACACGGGGACGUGGUGGCCUCCAAGAUGCUACGUUGGCGUGAUCUCCGUUGGUGGCGUGUUGAACAAUCUGUGCCACAAAGCUGGGGCGGGGAAAGACACGCCAGCCGCUUUCACCCACUGCUGGAUGUGGAACGACAGAUCAGUGACAUCGCAGGCGAAGCAUGGCAAGACGUUGCUCAAGACCGUCUCGUUUGA